CGGCGGCGGCGGCGAGUGAGAGCAGCAGCAGCAGGCGCCGGAGGAGCCGCAGAGCCUGGGGGAUCCCCGGGAGGCAGCGCGUGCGGCUCAUGAGCCCGGCGCGGAGCCGCAGCCGCCUCCCGCCGCCGCGGCUCCGCGGGUGAAUGAACCUGCCUCCCCGACCCUCUCCACCAGCGCGAGCGGCUUCGCCGGGGUCCCGGACCCCAGCUUCUCCCGACACAAAAUGGACGGUUUCGCCGGCAGUUUGGAUGAUAGCAUCUCUGCUGCAAGCACAUCCGAUGUCCAAGACCGUCUUUCAGCUCUCGAACUGAGAGUGCAGCAACAAGAAGAUGAAAUCACUGUGCUAAAAGCAGCAUUGGCUGAUGUUUUGAGACGUCUUGCGAUCUCUGAAGACCACGUGGCCUCUGUGAGAAAGUCAGCACCAAGUAAAGGUCAGCCAGGCCUCCGAGAAGCUAUCUCUAUGUCCUGUAUAACCAAUGGAAGUGCAGGAAGCAGAAAAACAGGCCAUAGUUCCUCUGUAUCAAUUGCCAGAAAAGAGACCCUCUCAUCUGCUGCUAAAAGCGGUACAGAAAAAAAGGAAAAACCUCAAGGACAGAGAGAAAAAAAAGAGGAAACUCAUUCUAAUGAUCAAAAUCCACAAAUUCGAGCAUCACCUUCUCCCCAGUCCUCCUUACAGACUCUCCAAACACACAGGCAAACUCAAGAAAGCAAGAGCUCUGCUCCAGCUAAAAGCAUAAAGCGAACUUCGACUGCUGAAAAAUCACAUAGCAUGUGGGACAACUCAGAUGACAGUCGUAAUAAACUGUUGAGGGCAGCUUCAACAUCAAAACUCAUAUCAAAAGUGGCAAAAAAUGCAGAGAAACACAAAGAUGUCAUUGUCAGCCAAGCAAAAAUGUCAACUCGUGAAAAAAACAGCCAAGAGGGAGAGUAUAUUAAGAUGUUCAUGCGGGGUCGACCAAUCACAAUGUUCAUUCCUUCUGAUGUAGAAAAUUAUGAUGACAUUAGGACAGAACUGCCUCCUGAGAAGUUAAAACUGGAGUGGAUAUAUGGGUAUCGUGGAAGAGAUUGUCGAGCCAAUGUAUAUCUCCUUCCUACCGGGGAAAUAGUAUAUUUCAUAGCAUCAAUAGUGGUAUUAUUUAACUAUGAAGAGAGAACUCAGCGACACUACUUGGGUCAUACAGACUGUGUUAAAUGCCUUGCAGUUCAUCCAGACAAAAUUAGGAUUGCCACAGGACAGCUAGCUGGAGUGGAUAAAGAUGGAAGGCCUUUGCAGCCCCAUGUUAGAGUAUGGGACUCAGUGAGCCUGAUGACACUGCAGGUUAUUGGCCUCGGCACUUUCGAGCGUGGAGUGGGGUGUCUGGAUUUUUCAAAAGCAGAUUCAGGUUCUCAUUUGUGUGUGAUUGAUGACUCUAACGAGCACAUGUUGACUGUAUGGGACUGGCAGCGGAAAUCAAAGGUAGCAGAGAUAAAGACUACAAAUGAAGUUGUGCUUGCUGUAGAAUUCCAUCCAACUGACGCAAACACAAUCAUAACUUGUGGCAAAUCUCACAUAUUUUUUUGGACCUGGAGUGGCAAUUCACUAGCAAGAAAGCAAGGGAUUUUUGGGAAAUAUGAAAAACCCAAAUUUGUGCAGUGUUUGGCAUUUUUGGGGAAUGGAGAUGUGCUCACUGGAGACUCAGGUGGGAUAAUGCUUAUAUGGAGCAAAACUACUGUAGAAUCCACGCCAGGAAAAGGGCCUAAAGGUGUAUAUCAAAUAAGUAGACAAAUCAAAGCUCACGAUGGCAGCGUGUUCACACUGUGUCAAAUGAGGAAUGGAAUGCUGCUAACUGGAGGUGGGAAAGACAGAAAAAUCAUUCUGUGGGAUCAUGAUCUGAACCCUGAAAGGGAAAUAGAGGUUCCUGAUCAGUACGGGACAAUCAGAGCAGUAGCAGAAGGAAAAGCAGAUCAGUUUUUAGUUGGCACUUCACGAAACUUUAUUUUGCGGGGAACGUUCAAUGAUGGUUUCCAAGUAGAGGUACAGGGUCACACAGAUGAGCUCUGGGGUCUGGCAACACAUCCCUUCAAAGAUUUGUUGUUAACAUGUGCUCAAGAUAGGCAAGUUUGUAUGUGGAACUCUGUGGAUCACACACUAGAAUGGACCAGGCUGCUAGAUGAACCAGGGCACUGUGCUGAUUUCCAUCCAAGUGGAACAGUGGUAGCAAUAGGAACACACUCGGGAAGGUGGUUUGUUUUGGAUGCAGAAACAAGAGACCUGGUUUCAAUACACACUGAUGGUAAUGAACAGCUUUCAGUGAUGCGCUACUCAGUAGAUGGCACCUUACUUGCAGUAGGAUCCCAUGACAACUUUAUUUACCUCUAUGUAGUGACAGAAAAUGGAAGGAAGUAUAGCAGAUAUGGAAAGUGCACUGGACAUUCCAGCUAUAUUACACACCUUGACUGGUCCCCGGACAACAAGUAUAUAAUGUCAAACUCAGGAGACUAUGAAAUACUAUACUGGGACAUUCCAAGUGGCUGUAAACUUAUCAGGAAUCGUUCAGAUUGUAAGGACAUAGAUUGGACGACGUACACUUGUGUGCUAGGGUUUCAAGUGUUUGGAGUAUGGCCUGAAGGAUCAGAUGGGACGGAUAUAAAUGCUCUUGUCAGAUCCCAUAAUCGAAAGGUGAUAGCAGUUGCUGAUGAUUUCUGUAAGGUCCAUCUCUUUCAGUAUCCCUGCUCCAAGCCAAAGGCCCCCAGUCACAAAUACAGUGCUCACAGCAGUCAUGUGACAAAUGUCAGCUUUACGCAUAACGAUGGUCACUUGAUUUCAACUGGAGGGAAAGACAUGAGUAUUAUUCAAUGGAGACUUGUGGAGAAGAUAACUUUGCCACAGAAUGGCGCUGUAGUAGAAAUUGGUACAACCAAAACACCCACCCCUGCGAGUGAAAGUGUGGUAGAGUCCCGUGCACCUCUUUCACAAUCAUUUGAUGAAAUGGCACAAAAUGAAAGCGUAACCGGCGGCUCUCUCACAUGUGUGGAGAGCAAGUUGGAGCAGACUGUGGAGGCCAGUGAAGAGCAAAGUGAGGAGCAAAGUGAAGGGAGCAGUCUGGAUCCAGGUGAGCCAAGCUACGAAGAACCAUCCAAUGAAACAAGUGAGGAGCAAAGUGAAUCCACUGUUACUGAAGACCAGCAAGAUAAUUCACCGGUGUCUUAACACUUCAAACUCAGAUGGUCUUUAUUUUCCGUUGGUGUGUGUGCUUUCAUAAAGGGGAGAGGGUUUAAAUAGGGGAGGGUAAAUAGCUGAGAUUCAUGCCCACUCCAGCUGUUGGGUUUCAGUGAGUUUUUUAGUCUGACUUUGUUUCAAUAUGUGAACUAUCCCAAGGGCCCAGCUUGACAGUUUGUCAAGAACUGGUCAACGUUAGUAGUGGGACAAAACCAUAGGUUCAUUUUUAAUUCUGAAAUUGCUGUCAGGAAGUGGCAUGAUGUAAAUACUGGAAAAAAGGUUAGUUCUAAGGAAAAGCUGAAAUAAACCACCUUAAUCUUGUGAAAGUGUUUUCUGGAAGUACUAACACCAAACAGAAGCACUGAAUAAAUACCAGCUGAAUAAUACUGUGCUGUUUUUCCAGGUGCAUAAAAAAAAUCUGAAAAAUUAAUUUUGUGGAGCUGUUCUUUCUUUUUUUAAUGAAAAAAGGAAAAACAAGAAUAAUGCCAUGUUCAUGAAACUGCCUUCUUGAUAUAACACAUAUGCAAUUUUCUAACACUACUAAUUCCUAAUGGAGUGUGGACAUGUUUGCAGUCUGUCUGCCCUAGGUGCUGCUCGUUCUAAUGCAAAUCAUAUCAAGGAACAGUUUUUAUUGAUCCUUGUUUAUAGACCUAUUUAAUCAUAGAACUUAACAAAACAUCUGUUUGUUCAUGAAUUAUUGAUGACCUAAAAGUUGAUUACAAUGUAAGAGGCAAUUGUGUUUUCAAAGAAUUGCUCGCCUUGAUAUUUUGAAACUUAAGAAUCUUUAUAUUGACCUUGAUGUGAACAGAAGAGAAUGCAUGACAAGAAAACAAAAGUCUAAUGGUUCUAGGGUUAAACGUAGGCUUCAAGCAGAAAUCGUUCCCUUAUGUCUAGGAGAAAUAUAAAUAUAGUUAAAUUGGUGCUUGGGAUUAGUAUAGUAAGAUGUUACUUUUUUUUCCUGUUAUGUGGUGACUUUAAGAAUCAAUAAACUGCAAAUGUUUUUUUACUGGCUCCUUUAGCAGUCAUGAUAAUAUCACAAUAAUUUAGAUAAUGUUGCGUAUUUUGAGAUUUCCUCUUUGGUGAUUUUUCUUUCGCCCAGUUGCUGUAAGCCAUGCAGCUCUUAUGUGGCUAUACCUGGCCAGUUACAGGAUAUCAUGGCAUUUGUUAUGCAUUUGGAAAGUAAAUUUUUUUUUUACAAAACUUGUCAGACAGCUACAUUUGUUUCUUAAGUACAUAAGUUUCCUACAUUAAAAAGAAAAAAUAGAUUUACUGACAAGUAUGCAUUUCCUAUGUACUUGUUUAUAUUUUGAUUACAUAGAAUUUUUUUAACUUGCUGCAUUGUGCUGAUAUUUUAGGUUUUAGUUAGAAAGUCUUGUUUAGAAACUUUGGAUGAGUUCAUAAGUCUUAAGUGUGCGAGCGUUUACGUGAUUGUGCCAUUCCAAAGUGCAUCAAAACUGUCAUUCCCUUUCUAGUAUCUUCUCAGGAGUAAUGCUACAGAUCAGGUAUUUAGUCAUCAUUUGGUAAGAUCAAAAAACUCAAAUGGACUCCCAAAGGAUAUUUAUAAAAAUAUAUAUAUUUAUAUAUAUAUAUAUAUAUAUGAAUAUAUAUGAAUAUAUAAAAUAUCCUCUUGUUUACAACAGUUCCAGAAAACCUCAAAAUAAUUCUCUUCAAAUGAAGGGAGAUGUGGAUUCCAAGCAACCCAACUGCUUAAACUGUGCUCUGUACAUAGUAUUUUAUUGGAGAGCUCUAGUGUGUCUGACUUACAGUUUUGCCCAAUAAUAGUGACAGAAGAUAAAGAUCAGCUCAUCAAAUUAUAUGGUUUCAAAUGAGGAAUAUGCUGUAAGGUGAGAAAAUAAUUCUAAUAAAGAAAAAAGGGUUUAUCAAAGCCAGUGAGGCACAGAGCUCUCUCUAUCAUUUUUAUGAACUCCACAUAAGCAACACAUGUCAUUUGGAAACAUCUAUCCUUAGGGGUUGCCAUGUAAAGUGAGAGUUAUAGUUGUGAUAUUCUUGUGUUGUAGUUCAAAAGACUCUACUAAUAUGCAAAAAGCCUUACAGCUUUCAAUUGCUGGCAACUACUGUUUAACCGAUAAUUAAAUCUGUGAUAAUGGAUGGAAAUGGGUGGGAUUAUGUCACUGUAGAUGUUUUAGACAAAUAAUUGUGAAUGAAAUAUGAUUCAGAGUGUUUCAUGUGAAGAUGUUUGAGCCAUUUCUAUCUAUCAUGCAUUCCUGUCUCAUGGCAGAAAAUUUUGAAGAUUAAAAAAACAAUAAAAUCAUCAAAAUAA